UAUAAAAAUCGUUUCACCAAAGGAGGACAAAUUUCUUUUUUAUAAUCGGAAAGGUUUCUUCAGCAUCAAUGCCAUGAUUAUUUGUGACAAUGAAAUGCGAAUCAGGUACGUCAAUGCACAAUACCCAGGAUGUAAUCACGAUUCUCACAUAUGGAAUGUGAGUAGUGCAAGGUCCUUUUGUGAGAGGAAAUAUUUAGAAGGCGAGAGGAAUUGCUUAUUAUUAGGUGACGCCGGAUAUGCAUUGGAGCCAUGGUUAAUGACUCCGUUUCGUUCACCACAAUUAGGUAGCCCAGAAAGUGUAUACAACAAAGCACACUCAAAAGCAAGGAAUAUAGUAGAAAGAACUAUUGGAGUUUUGAAAAAUCGUUUCUGAUGUAUUUUAGGAGCUCGUGAACUCCACUACGAACCCUCAAAAGUAAGCCAAGUCGAGAACGUGGCAGCGGCUUUACACAACAUUUGCUUGCACUACCGCGUUAUAAAUGAUGUAUCAGAACAUGUUCCAGAACCAUUGUCCCUCAGCGAAGCCCCUGAAACAGCAGCCACUAGCACUAAUGAAGCCGCAUCACAGAUUAGGCAAUCCAUUUUGAUGACACUUUUAUAAUAAAUACUGAUAUUCAUCUAAUUAGCAAAAUAAAAUAAAAACUAUUUGAAAUUCAUUUUAUUUCCUUUAUUUAGUUAUUUUAUUCACACUUAGUUUUUUUUAUUUUUAUCUAACAAAUACAGUUUUCUUAGCUCUAUUUCUAACAUUUCUUGCUUUAUUCUAUUUUUUUCAGCAACCAAGUUUAAGUACGCAAGGUUAUGUCGUCGCAUUUCAGCAAGUUCAGACUUUUUUAGUUCGUACGUCUUAUCUGUUAAUCGACACAAUCGGCGGACACUUGAUGCAAUAUCCUCCAACUUCUCUUCCUGACGUUUAAAACGCUCUUUGCUUUCUCCAAAAAAUUCAUAUUGCAUCUGUACUUGCUCUCUCAGUACGUUUAAUGUUUCCGAGUCCGUUCGUUUUUGUGGAGUGGAAGUACGUAGUGGCAGUGAUGAACCACAAGCUUCCGACACCAUGGACACAUCAGCAUCGGUUUCGGGGCCUUUUUCCUGAGGAUCUUCAGGUAGUCCGACACUAACUGUGUUUUUGCAGCCUGAGGUGCAGACUUCUAACGCUGCUAGCU